AUGGCUUCUCCGAAAAUAUCAACUUCGCGUCGCGUCUUGGGGGAUAUUAAUUCCAACAUCAAUACCUCUGUCCAUGAACCUCAUCAUGCAUCUCUCAUUUCCAACACACGAAAAAUAUCAGCUGGUGAUAAAUCUUCUAAGCCCAUACUUGAUGAUCAACAAAAGGUGGGAGGUUCGGCAAUAGAAAUCCAACAGGAGAAUCGUCGCGAAAUCAAUUCAGAUUUUCAGGUUGAAGGUCUCAAAGUGGGAAAAGUGCAUCAAGGGAUAUCAUCUCAUGAUUUGGAAAAUACGAGAAUUGCUACAGUUGAUUCGUUGAAUUCUGGAACAUCACUUGGCUUACUAGAUGCUAAAUCGAUGCAAUGGGCUGGUGAAAAGAGAAGCUUCGCUGCUACUGAAGAUUACCCAGAAGAGUUUAGUGCUCGAGAAGGAGAAGGACAUAAGAAGAAGAGGAUAGAGCUACAGCCUCAUGAGGAAUUUCACAAAUCUACCACUACGCAGCAGAAACACAACUGUUCACAAUGCAGUCAUGUAAUCCUUGAGCAUGGAAUAUGGACAGAGAGUUCUGGUCCACAAGUUUACGGUUGCGACCAUGACAGUGUUAGAGAACGAUGCAACUUUCAUGGAGGAAUUCAACGCUUAUCUCAAGUAGAAACCUCCUUCGCUUCUCCUACAUCUUCCUUCUCCACAGUAGAGGUAGAAGAUAUUGAUGUCACCGUUGUUUAUUCCCAAGCAUCUAAAAUUACCACAACCGAGGAAAAUCCCUCCAGAUCCAUCACCGCCUCUACCACAAGAAAUUUCCAUACCUCAAAAUCGAAAUCCCUAUCUCGAGAAGAAAUUCGACAAAAAUCCCAAGCACUACGACUCCGUCUUUCCCUUGCCAAUUACAAAGUAAAAACAAAUCAAAUUGAUCUUCCACUUUCACGUCUACAAAUUCAUUCUACAUCACCAGACCUCCCUUCUCUAGCUCAUCUUCGCGCAAAUCCUUAUGGUGCCAGUGCGGGUAAUAGAACACCGCUUCCUGGUGCUCCGACAUUGAUUCCAAUUAUUAAUUUACAACGUCCCAGUUCCUCGAGUAGAGAUGGAAAUAUUUACGUUCGAAGAGAUGGAGAGAGGAAAAAUAUUAGAGAAGAGAAUUUGAAUGAGGACAUUCCUUCCAGUCCUCCUUUAUCGGGAGAUAUUAGAAGAGAUUCGGCUGUUUCUUGCAUUUCUUUUACUUCUAAGAGUUCUACCUUGAAUUCGGGCUCCGGACAUGCACAUCCAUAUGCAUUGACAUCCUAUCCCAGAGAGUAA